ACGCUCUCCAUCACAUCCAUCAACCGAUCCAAACCCCCCUCUUAAUUUCUUUUAAUAACAACACACCAUAUAAUCUACUCAUAAUCUAUAAAAAUGGCCUCCAACACCAACCCCGGCAACUUCGCCAACCGAUCCCACGACGAAGUCUCCAAUCUGGCCAAGAAGGGCGGCCAGGUCAGCCACUCGGGCGGCUUCGCCAGUAUGGAUUCAAGCAAACAGCGCAACAUCGCCUCGCAGGGUGGACAGGCGUCCAGCGGCAGCUUCCAGCCCGGUGAUCCUCGGGCCCGCGCGGCGGGGCAGAAGGGCGGUUCGAGGACGCAGUAUGACUAUGACCAGAACCAGAACCAGAUCGAUGAGGAGGAUUUUCCGGAUGAGUAGAUCUGAAUCUUUGAUGUUUUCACUAUGAGUGUGUUUGGGAUACAGGUGUAUGUGUACUGCUAGGGUUAUGAUUAUGAUGUGGG